GCUGAAGGCUGAGUGCUGCCAGUGUGAGUGGUGGAGUUUAGAGUCGCGGCUGUCGUUCGUCCUCUCUCUCUCUCUCUCUCCCUCUUUCACGCACUCUCACACUCUACCUGUUGCAGCUGUUCCAUCCAUCAUCUGAAGCCUCUGAGAGCUGAGCCCUCAUUCUCCCAGGACUUCCUCCAGGUUAUGGACAUCUAAACCCUUCCAGCACAAGCACCAGCGGCAGUUCACACCUACCUGAGAAGACUCGUACUCGUCGUGAUGGGGAAGCAGAACAGUAAGCUCCGUCCUGAGGUGAUGCAGGAUCUGAUUGAGAGCACUGAGUUUUCAGAGGCGGAGAUCCAGGAGUGGUACAAAGGCUUCCUGCGGGACUGUCCCAGCGGAGCCCUCAGCAUGGAGGAGUUCAAGAAGAUCUACGGGAACUUCUUCCCCUACGGAGACGCCUCCAAGUUCGCCGAGCACGUCUUCCGCACCUUCGACGCCAACGGCGACGGCACCAUCGACUUCCGGGAGUUCAUCAUCGCCCUCAGCAUCACCUCCCGCGGCCGGCUGGACCAGAAACUGAAGUGGGCCUUCAGCAUGUACGACCUGGACGGAAACGGCUACAUCAGCAAGGCCGAAAUGCUGGAGAUCGUGCAGGCCAUCUAUAAGAUGGUGUCCUCAGUGAUGAAGAUGCCAGAGGACGAGUCCACGCCUGAGAAACGCACAGAGAAGAUCUUCCGCCAGAUGGACACAAAUCGUGAUGGUAAGCUGUCUCUGGAGGAGUUUGUCGAAGGAGCGAAGAGUGACCCGUCCAUCGUGCGGCUCCUGCAGUGUGACCCCAGCAGCGCGGGACAGUAAAGCCGGAAGGCGCCCCCUGCUGUUCCAAGCGUAUUAAUGCAGAUCCUCUCCUAUUAACUUAAAUACAGAUCAGAUUCCCAGAGGAAACGUGUUGGUGGGAUCCUCCUGGAGAGCAGGCGAGGGGCUUUCUGUCCAGAGAAGCAUGUACACACAUCACUCAUCACUCCCCCGCCCACCCCUACCUCCCCCCACACACAUUCAUCCGGCCCCCCCGGCCCCCCAAGACACACACAAACAGACUCACUGACCCGCGGCUGCGUGUGUGUAUAUGCAUCUCUUCGUCUCUGGGACUUUUUAAAGAGGAAAUGAGCACAGUGAGGCAGUGAGGCAGUGACGCUGCGAGGCUGCGAGGCUGUGCUCGAUGAGUUUGUCCAGUGUGAGUGGACAGAAGCCAUUCGGACAGACUGGUGACGUCUAGUGUCGGAAUAAUGACUGAAGAGGUACGGAAAAUAAUCACCAAAAGGCCCAAAUUUUACCACCCAAAACACCCGAGUUUGAUUAAUUAUAGCGAAUAUGAAGCGCAGUCAUCACAAUUCCUUCUGCAGUUUCUCUGAAAUUCAGAACUUUCCCACCUAAUAACAUUUCAGUAACAUUUUUAUUAUGAGGAAAAUGAAUGAAAUGCUCAAACUAAGGCUGGGCCGUCUUUGCCCAGAUGACUUUUUUACUUGAAGGUUUUUUUGUGACAUUAAAUAUAUAACUUAAUAAGAGUUUGGGUUAGAUGAGUCCAGUGUAGCGGCGCUCCAUUCAGGAGUGUCAAAGAAAUAAAACAACAUAUACCAAAAUUAGACUACGUGACUUUGAGGAUACGUCAGAAACUCGUUUUAUACUGUUAAAAGCGCAGUCUUCACACUUUAUUUACAAGAUCUAGCAGUAAUAUUGGGAUCAUUCCACACCAGCUCGCCCACAUCAUGGACUUCCGAAAAAUUCAAGACAAUUUUUUAAUCUCUUUUAUACAACCACGUCAAAUUUUAAAAACGUGCUUCUAAUAGUUGUUUAGUUAUGAUUUUUUAAAGUUUGCCCCAUUAGGUCAUAAAUCCCAUCUUUAAUACUGAGUCUAGCUGCUUAAAGAAAUAUUAACUUGUUCUAAAUACAAAAAUAAACAUAAUGACAAAUAAUGUUUAACAUUAAAUCAGCGUAUGUCUUAUGUCAGAGCAUGAAGUUAGAAGUGUAAUAUUUCAGGUCAUUUAAAAAAAUCUAUAUUAUUUUUUAUUUAAUUAAUUAUUUUUUAUUUCUCUGCUAGUUAAUCAAAUAAUGCAUGUUCAACAAAUUAAUACAUCUUAAAAGGGUCAUAGUACAUGACCUACUACAUGUAGUUCUGAAUUAAUGAGACUUUCCUUAUUCAGGAAAAAAGUUUGGAGGACUUUAUAUUAUUCCACAGGUUUGAUAAUAAUAUGGAUAUACUACGUGAAACCAAAAUUUAGCAGAAAUAAGAAACCAAUAAACCUUCUAUGAAUGAAUCUGUGUUGUAUUUAUGUCCAGUUAAUAUUUCAGCUCAGUUUAACGUUCUGUAAGCAAUUAAAUCAGUAUUUAGCAGCGAUUUGAUACCUGAUUUAACAAACUUUAAAAACUGCUAACUAAAAAACUAUUUUGGACACAUCUUUGAAACUUUGCAUUGUUGCUUGACUUGAAUAGAAUUGUUUUCUUAAAUUUGUUCCGUGGCAUGAUAAGCCAACUCUUAGGUGACGUGGUGUGGAAUAACCCAUCAGUGAAUAUAAUGAAUACGAUUGCAUCAGUAGACCGAAGUGAGUUUCUGGACAUUCAGUCUUCGCAUAUAGAAGCAACUAUUUCAUUGAUCAUUGAUGUCAACUUGACUGCUCCGACAGGGAGGACAUUCAAUAACGUGUUAGAUGAAAUAUAUACACAUAUAUGUAUGUGUGUGUGUAUAGAUAUAUAUAUACAUUAGAUAUAUAUACAUAUACAUAUACAUAUAAAUAUACAAAUAGGUGAUAUUUAUUCUUUUACUUGGUGAUCACUUUGUGGCAGGUUUGUCACACUACGAGAGAUUUCUUUGUCAUAUUUUUUGUUUUCCUUUCAAUUCAAUGCAAAUGUAAUAAUCAUAUGUACAGUAUGUUCAUAUUUAUGUAGGACUGUGAAGACGGUGAGAAGUGAAGACCACAUAUUUUGCUAUGCACGUCUUUUAAACCCACACAUUAUUAAAUCAUCUGACACGUGCUUGCUUAGUUAGUUUUGGGCUACGAGGCUAAUGCAGCUGACAAAUACAGUCAUAUGCAUAAGUUUAAACACCCCUGAUCAAAUAACAUGUUGAUUUUGUAGGUGUAAAGAAGUAACACAUUGUCUCUGAAGAGCACACUUAUAUGGUAUUUUUGGAUUUAAAAAAUUAUAUAUAUAUACAUUUUUUACAUCUUUUUUCCCUUAACUCAAAUAAAUAUUUCAUAUAUAAAAUAUUAAAUGUGCCAUAAGUUUUUCAAAGGCCACAUUUUAUGUUUUACCCCCCCCCCCCCAAUAUGUUAGAAUAUGUUAAAUUCCGUAAAUAAACAUUAAUUCUGUUUUAAAUUCUGCAGAACUGUGAACGUAUUUACACUAAAAAAAAAAAACAACAAUAUAGAAUCUGACCAGAAGUGCACAGACUUUUAUUUAAAACAAUUAAAAAUGCAAAAUAAACACCAAAAAUGUGCAGGAAAUUAAAUAGGACAUUGCACAUUUAUAGGGAAUGAAUAUGAACCUGUAAUAUACAUGCUUUAUUCAAAGCGUGCAUAAAAGCACAAGCUAUCUAUUUUUCAGCUUUUUAGUUUUUUGGGUUUUUUUUUUUUGUGUCUGAUACUGUAUGAAACACUUAUCUAUAAACAUGGACUAAAUUUGGGCUUCAGGGUCUCCGGAGCUGUUUUUACCCCUUUGCCUGUGCUUUUUAGCUACUUUAGCCUCGCAGCUCUAGAGCUAAAACUAAAGGAGCAAACUUCAGACACAAACAUGGCCUGGCCGACUGUGUUUGGGGUAACUGGGAACUGUAGAGACAUGAUUUUCUGCUGAAAUGUCCCUUUAAGCGCUGCAGUUUCCACUUUCAUCUCCCCCGACUGCCCCAUACGGCCACUAACUCAUGUAAACACAACAACCCGAAGUCAGAGUACAGUAUCAAACUGCGCAUGUACAGUGUAAAUAACGGAAUAAUGUGCGCGAGCGGCUGAAUCCAGUAUGUGAAUUAUGUCUCAGAUGCUGUUUAAUGUCAUGUUUACUCCGUCACACCUCCAUUCACUCAGUCUUCUGCACAGUAAGUGUGAAUGAGGCUUUAUGUUGGACCUAAACCACAAUUACUGUCUUCAAAGGGGAAUUCCACCCAUUUUUUCAAAAUUUUGAACUUUCCAAGUGAGAACUGUUCACAGUGGUGGUGAUGGGAACCAGACGUCUCCCUCUAAAAGCUCCUCACAGAAAGUUCCUACAUGAACUGGUUCUGAAUUCACUGCCUGAUGACCGAGACGCUGUUUUAAUGAUAGUUUUGAGAAGAUUUUGGAUCAAAACGUAUUUUUAAAAUCACAUGCAACGAGUCGUGAGGCAACAUAGUCUCUAAAAAACUUAUUUUUAACAGAUUUUCCACUAUUUUGACCGCCAAUAUUCCAUAUAAAACUCAGAAGAUACGAGUAGAUUCGUGGGGGGGGUUUAUAAAGUGAACGAUUUUUAAAAAUUCGUAAAAAUCGGAUGGAAUUCCUCUUCAGAGUGACUGAAUUCUGGCCUCGUUUUUGCUAAAAUAAGCCCACCCAGCUCCCGCUUUUCCAACUAUAUGCUUUAAUAGGCAGGCGUAUGUGUGCAUGCACGAUGUUUGAUGAGCGCCGUCUCGUUUUGCUAGUGUUUAUCGGUGCGUACAUCAGGCUCAGCGACGCGAGUGAUCAAAAACAAAGGAUUUGAGUGUAAAUGCUGUUUCUUUCUGUUCAUGUAAAUAUAUGUACAGUAACACACACUCAGGGCUACAAGAGACUGUGCUUUAAAUGAAGAGGAGAUGCUGAUAAAUAACAAUACAAUCAAAACAAAAACACCCUAGAAUCUUAAAAUAAUAAUGACCACCUCAGUGACCGGCAGCUCUCAGAGCUCUGAAUGUGGCUUUGAGUGAAAGGCCUGCUUUUAUGAUGCAGUAUGAACGUUUGAAAUGUUAAUGUGCUUUUAAAAAAAAACAAAAAAAACCAAAUAAACGAGGAUUUCCUUUCUUGUUCUUAUUUUAUUUUUUUAAUAUUUCAAUUCCAGUGUCCGGCAUUUCACUUCUGAAUCGUGCACGAUAGCAGCAAAGUGGUCAAAGUGCCAAAUCUAGAAAUCAUAACUGUACGAGGAGAAGCCAGUAUUGUUUGGGUUUAUACUGUAUGAUUGUUCACUAUCGAACAAAAUGUUUGUCAUCAUCAUUUUGUAGUUUUUUUGUAUGGUAACGUACUUUGUGUCCCUGUAGUUUUGGAAAACAGAGAGCGUCUGUUUUGGUUAUAAAUUAAAAGUCUUUAAAAAAGCA